AUGACGACCAUAUGCACGACACCCAAUUCCCCACCCGAACUAUCGGGAUCCAAGUCCUCUAAAUCUUCCUCCUUCCGGUCCUCUUCUCAGCUGUCCGGUCCCGACGGUAUCCUCGCCGACAUUUCCAAUUUCGAAGAAAUUGGCCUGGAGGAUGACCCGGAGUUGCGCUACAUGGAUGGUGUUACUACUGCUUAUGGCAAGUCGGGGGUCCUGGCUCGCUCCUCGACAGCCAGGUUGCAGACCAAAACUCCGCUGACUACGACUCGCGACUUGACGUCGACGGUCAAACCCACCAGAACUUCUUACCCAUCGCUGAAGGGCCAGGUCAAUGGGGCAUUGGCGCAGCCGAAGCGCAGCAGCUCCAAGCUCAGACCCCAUCGUUCCAGAUCCAAUUCACCGCUCCGAAUGGCGUCCACUCUGAGUUCAUCUCCCUCCGCUCAGACCUUGGCUGUUUCGCCUGUCAGUGGCCGACCCCCACUCAAUCGUAAGAGCUCGUGGCAGCGAAGCCGCAAAUCUCUUAAAGAGCUAGAGGAGGAAUACCAUGACUCGGAUGAGGAGCUGCCAGAUGAUACAAGCUUGUGGAAUGUGCCUAUCUCCCCCCGGCCGAUGCAGGAUCGCGCCCCGUCCCGAGGUACCAGUCCGGAUGGCCGAAGUCCAGGCCCGCGCCCGCUUCCAUUGUCGCAUUCUGUCUCGGACAUGUCUGUUUUGUCUCCCACGGGCGCGAAAUCCCCCCGGGCAUCUCGGUCGAGCCGGCAGUUGGUGCGCUCGAGCUCCGCUGGUCCUGAGCGAGGACAGAUCUCGCCUCGCAAUCCACGCGUCUACUCGUACAACAACAUGUUGUCAGAUCUGUCGGAGGAGGCGAAGAUCAUCACUCAAGCUCUGGAAUAUCAUGCAGAUGAGCGCGAGCGCAAACGUGCAGAGAACCUUCAGAACGGCAUCUCCUCCCUACGGUCCAGCACCGAAUCGAAACGCGAUUCCAAAGCGACCAUUGAACUUCCUCCUCUGCAAAAGUCCAAUAUCAUGAUCGAUCCGUUGCCCAUCAGCAAGGAGAAGGAAAAGGUCCUUACGCGUACGCGGCCUAGCUGGCUUCCCCCCAAGGACCAGAAGGAAGAGAAGAGGCAUUUGAAGGAAUACAAGAGAAUGAUGGCAAUGUCGCGCGAAGCAGACAAGCGCAGAGCUGCCAAAGCCGCUUCGGCCAAAUGCGAAAAAGAUAAUACGCGGGAAGCCCUCCAGCGUAUCUGGGAUGAGUACGUGUUCCCCAACUGGGAUCAUGCUAUUGGUGAAACCCGUACGCGGGAGUUGUGGUGGCGCGGUGUGCCGCCCCGUCAUCGGGGUGCGACCUGGCAGCGCGCUAUCGGCAAUGAACUAUCCCUAUCCGAAGAAACGUACAAGAAGGCAUUGCAAAGGGCCAAAGACGUUCGCUCCAGGUCCGACGGUGAGUCGGGCGAAAGUAACAAGCGGAUGAGGGAAUGGUUCGAUACAAUUGAGGCGGACGUGUCGAAAGCGUUUCCGGACCUGAAACUCUUCCAGGUGGGCGGCCCACUGCGCGAUACAUUGAUUGAUGUGCUUGAGGCAUACUCGAUGUAUCGAAGCGACGUAGGAUACGUCAGUGGUCUUCAUACGAUCGCCGCUCUUCUGGUUCUCCAGUUCCCAUCGCCAUCUUCCGCAUUCCUUGCCAUGGCCAAUGCACUGAACCGGCCUCUUCCUGUCGCGUUUCUCACGCUGGACCGCGGGGCCAUCGGUCGUACGUAUGCAUUGGCGUCUGCGACGCUCCGCUACAAGUUCCCUCGCCUGGCGACUCAUCUUUACGAGACUCUGCGUCUCAGCGACGAGGAAAUCUGGGAACCGAUGUUCCGCUCUCUCCUGACGAACGGGCUAGAUCUGGAGCGCGUGAGUCGCGUCUGGGACUGCUGGGUGUUUGAGGGAGAUCGUAUUCUAAUUCGCGCCGCGGUCGCGAUUCUCGGCUGCUUGCAGCCGCAAUUGUUUGCAUUUACGCAGCCGGACGACCAGGGUCGUGCCGCUGUGAAGGACAUUCUCGGAUGGGGCCCUCACCACCCCGGAAGCAACAAACCUGCUACCCGUCACAGCGCUCCGGCCGCCCCUACGACUGGUUUCGGUGGUGCUCAAUCCAUCAAUACCGUGGCUGGUGAUUACUGGAUACUCACCACCGCAGGGGACGAAGAUGGGUUCAUGAACGAGGUCAGAGAGGCGGGUAAAGUGCGGGAUUAA